AUGAAUUACCUUUUCGUUUGCUCGCUUAUUGCAAUCGCAACAUUGUCAACUCUUUUGCAAGCUGCUGCUGCUGCUCCUCCUACAUCUUCAUCUACUCCAACGACAAGUACGCAUCCAACCAAGGUUCAUCAUGGGUUGUUCCAACUUGUUCCUUGGUGCAAAGAGCUUUCAAGCAAUGAAGCUAGCUGUAAAAACGAAGGUCACUGCCAAUGGACUACGAGUGCCAACAAUGAAGGUCUUUGCGAAGAUAAGCCUGGCAUCGUAUACGAGGAGGUUUCGAAUUGUGAAUGGAUCAAUGGUGGCUGCUAUGGGCACAGUGCAAGUACCCGAUAUUGUCGAUCAAAGUAUUACUGGCCAGGACCAGGUGCAACGGAUAUCCAUAACAUGGUAUACAAACUUGACGGCCAAGAAAAAUACGUUCAGCGUAAGCAUUAA